CCCUUCCUUUUUCUCCAUCUCACUCUCUCUUCUCCAAUGGCUCCUCUUCUCCUCCUCUUCCUCUCUCUCCUCUUCCACUGCUCCGCAGCCACACCCACAACCGCUCGCAAGCUUAUCCUGGUCCAACAGCAACCUCUCGUCCUCCAGUACCACCACGGUCCUCUCCUCACCGGCAACCUCACUGUACGCCUUCUUUGGUACGGCUCCUUCUCCGCCUCCCACCGCGCCGCCAUCUCCGACUUCAUCCUCUCCCUCUCCUCCUCUUCCUCUAUCCCCUCCCCAUCCGUCUCCUCCUGGUGGUCCACCACCGGCUCCUACCGCGGCCGCCCGAUCUCCCUCUCCCUCGGCCCUCAGCUCAUCGACGAUCGUCUCUCUCUCGGUAAAUCCCUCUCCUCCUCCGAUCUCCUCACUCUCGCCUCCCGCACUCCCCACCGCUCCUCCAUCACCGCGAUCCUCACUUCCCCCGACGUCACCGUCGAGGGCUUUUGCUCCUCCCGCUGCGCCACCCAUUCCUCCGCCCCCACCCACCCAAACCGUCCCCGAUCGGUCCGAUUCCCUUACCUCUGGGUCGGUGAUUCCUCCAAUCAAUGCCCCGGCCAGUGCGCAUGGCCAUUCCACCAACCGAUCUACGGCCCCCAAACCCCUCCUCUCACCCCCAACGCCGAUGUCGGCAUCGACGGCAUGAUCAUCAACCUCGCCACCGUCCUCGCCGGCGCCGUCACAAACCCUUUCCAAUCUGGGUUCUAUCAGGGCCCGGCGGAGGCGCCUCUUGAGGCGGUGACGGCGUGCCCUGGGGUUUUCGGUUCAGGUGCUUAUCCGGGUUAUCCCGGCCGGGUUCUCGUCGACCGAUCCACCGGUUCGAGCUUCAACUCGUACGGCAUCAAUGGUCGUAAGUACCUUCUUCCUUCCAUGUGGGACCCUUCUACUUCUCAGUGCGCCACUCUCGUUUAAUAAUAAUUAUCAACCCUAAUUAUAAAUAAAUAAAUAUUAUAAAUGUGUGUAAAAAUGCUGGUU